AUGGCGGCGCGCGAGCCGUCAGCCGUUGCUAGGCAACGAUCGUCGCUCGCGCAGGUGCCGCGCGCGCCCGCGCCGCGCCCCUUCACUUCAGUUCAAAACAACGUAGCGGUUGCCGUGAUGGACGUGAUGCAUGCGUGUCGUUGUCGUUGCUGCCUGCUGUGUCCUCCGGAUAAGGACCUGACGACGCCGUACACACAUCUCGGCCAAACAGAGAUUUAUGCCGAUAUGAUCAAAGAGUGCUUUGACAUAAAUCUGGUGGUGGGCGGCGCGGGCUCGUGCGGCAUCUGCUCGGCGUGCGUGGGCCGCCUGCGAGACGCGAGCGACUUCAAGCUGCAAGUGCAGCGCAGCCAGGCGGAGCUGCAGGCACGACUGCAGGGAGCGAGCGUCAAAGAGGAAGAAUCUGCUGUCAAGCCAGAGAAUCCUGAAAUACAGAAGGAAGAUGGAACCAGUGAGCCUGUAUCAGAGAACAUGCUCCGGUUAAACAUGGCAGUCGGAGACGGGGCGAGCGACGAGGAUGACCCGAUAGUGUUGGUUGCUCUAGAUGACAUGCUCCGGUUAAAUAAGGCGGCCCGGGACGGCACGAGCGACGAGGAUGUUCCACUGUCGGGUGAGUACCUGCUUCAUCUACUAGCUAGUAAUUAG